ACUGCAGGUUGAAAACGGGUCUUUCACCCCUCUUGUUUUUACGUGUUUUGGUGGAAUGAGUCGGGAAUGUAGUCGUUUCUAUUCUCAAGCGGCCGAACAUCUAGUUGCAAAAAGAAAGGUUACCAAAAGAAUGUCCAGCUUAUGGAUUAAGACGAGAUUGAAUUUUGCUUUGUUGAGGAGCUGCCUACUAUGUCUUAGAGGCACAUGAACAGCAACAAAUGUGAUAAUGAGUGACGUUGACCUCUCCAGAGUAUUGUAUCAGAAUGUAACAUCGAUUCUAACAAUAUCUAAAUUUAUUUAUUAAAUCAGCGAAUUCGACGGCGAGUUUUGUUUGUUUUGAUUUUGCAUCGAACUGCGCAUGCUCAGAUACAAUCCGCCGUCGAAUUCGCCGCUCAAUUCGCUUCGUGAAAAUCCCCCGACGAUGCCAACGAAGGAACAUGAUGACGAAGGCCAUUUUGGUUUUGAAUGUUGUCGUGGUCCAGUGAAGGUUCUAGCGCUGCUUGACCUUUUUUUUCUUCUAAAACCUUUAUAUUUUGUAUUAUUUGUUUUCUAUAUGUUUUUACACGUAAGAUAAAUAUAUUGUCACGUUUUUUAGCUAUGUACAAAUCUUAAACGCACCAUUUUUAGGAUUUUUGGCUAGGAACGAAGAUUUUUAAGGAUCAUUCUACACAAAGCCAUGUAGCUAGCUACCCUUAGUUAUUACUAUUCAGUUUGAUAUAAUAGCUUUUUAUCCUAGCCAAUAUUUUUAUGUCCAAGUUAGCUCCUUUGGCCACCUUCUAGCUAGCUCUGAAUAAAAAGUGAAAGUAGCCAAAUGCACUGUGUUUGACUGCAACACAAUUCUUAAUUAUUGUGCUAAAUAAAUGCAGUUAGGCAGCAACCACUUUUAUUACUGUUAUGAAAACUUAUGCUGCAAAAUAAAAUUGCUCAAUAUUUUAACUAAACAGGAUAACGACAGGCGGUUUCCUGGAUUUUUUUAACCGAAGUUGCAAUAAAGAUAUUUAAAAGUUGUACUUGGGGCACUUGGAAAGAAUGGAGGAGGAUAAUUGGGUAAGAAAGUGUAGAGACCUGAUAGUUAGUGGGGCAAAGCCCAGAGGCAGACCGAGAAAGACUUGGCAGGAAGUUAUAAGGACAGACUUGAUACAGAGAAAGUUGAGUUUAGAUCUGACACAGUCUAGAUCAGAUUGGAAGAGGGUCAUUAAUACACCCCAUCCAACCCAUGCUAGCAUGGAAAGCGGACGUUAAGCCGAGAAUGAUGAUGAUGAUGAUGAUGAUGAAAAGUUGUGUUAUGCCUAUACUCAUCUCUGCGACACUGUGAGCUGUUUUCUGUUUUUUUGUUUUACCAAAGUUGCAAUAACAGUUUUUUUGGAAAAGGCUAUUACACCUACCUACAUGGAUGUGUCACACUGUUUACCUGUACUAAGCACUCAGCUGUUAGUAACAUUUCUUUCAAAUAAAAUUUACUUGAUUAAAAAAAACACGUUUGAUUGCAUUUGGUACUUGCAUUGAUUUCAUCAUAAACUAGAUGUUUAUGCUAUGACGGGGUGACAACGAAUUGCAAUCUGUGUUUUUAUUUCAGCUUAAAAUGUGGAAUGUUUAAAAAAAAUUAUUACACCAGGAACACCAUGAAUUGUGUGCACUUUACUCAAUUUACUACAUACUAUAUACCUGUACUAAAGCGCUUUACCUGAAUAUGUAGCAUAUUUGAUGGUUCUUAUUAAUCAUGGGGUAACAGUUACUUGUAGCUUAACCCGGCGUUUCAACAGAGUGUAUCCUGUGUCAUGAUUAAUUUGUUAACCUUAGUGCAACUUAUUCUGCAAAAUAAAAUAAUAUUGAUUUUUUUUGCUAUGAUGGGGUAACUGUUUAUGCUAAAAUGGUAUUUAGCAUAAACACGUGCAACUAAGCGCUUAGUCCAGUGUUAACGACAGUCUGUUUUCUGUGUUUAUGUUAGACCAAAGUUGUGAUAAAGUUUUUUUGGAAAAAGGUAUUGUACCUACAUGAAUGCGGGAAUUGUUUACCUGUACUAAGCGCACUGCCCGGAGUAACAUUCACUUUUGAACUUUGAACGACAUAUGUAUACCUGUACUAGAGUGCUCCACCUGAAUUUGUCGCACAGUUUACGGUUCUUAUUAAUUGCGCUACAGGAUUGUUAAAUGCUGGGUAACACAUUUACUUGUGACUUACCCCGGCGUGCAACGCCAUGUCCUCGGCUAGUGUAAACAAAUUAACGAAAAGUGUUGUUGAUCAAAAUGUGAAUAAAGUGAAAUGAAUGCAACGUAUUAGCAUCAAUGUGAAAUAAGUUUAACGAUGUAGCUAUUUUCAAGUUUUACGAUUUAAUAAUAACAAUUACAUAAAUAUUACGGUCCCCAAAUUUUUCCUGUUUCCCAGUCUUUUCCCUAUCAUUUCCACUCGACUUAUCAGUUUCGUGAUCAUUUACCCUUGUUUCCAGCCCGUUUUACUCCGUUUCAGCUAUUUCACCCAGUUUCUUCAUAGUUUCCCCUGUUUCCCCUGCAUUUCACCUCAAAGUACUUACGGUUUUACUUAAAGCUCAGUUCUUUAAAAUAUGUUUUAAUUUUGUAAAAAAGACUUUUUAAUUUUUUAAAGUAGAUAAAAUGGCAGAGGUAAAAGAAGGAUUGAAAGAUUUGACGCUUAAAGAAAAGAAACCAAUAAACCCUAUCCUCCGAACCAUCUUACAAGGUGUUGCUGAUGAAAACUGUCCUUUCUCAAAACUCACUGGUAUGCCACAUAUUGUGCAAAUGAUAUGGCAGAAAGUGUUAGCAGGUAUGAGAAUGCAUAUCAAAUUUGGGAAAAAUGAGGAUUAUGAAAAGAAUUUCGAGCCACCUCCUGCUUUUAAAACACAAACUGGUUUUCAAGCUCGUUUUCCAGUGAAAUUUCCUGAACCAACUGAUAUCAAUAUCAAUAUGAUGCCUUUCAUUAUGGAUCUAGAAUUUGAAAACACCAAAUUGCCUGAUUAUCUGGAACCAUAUUUUGAUAUUAUUGAAACAGCUUUUUAUGAUUUUCGUGAUAAUGAUGAGCUGGGCAAAGUUGGAUAUUUGACAAUCCAUGAAAGUUUGGUUGAGGAAGGAACAUCGCAACGAAGACCAGGUCUACAUACUGAAUCUCCUGGAGUCAUUUAUGUCAAAAAUAAAAUGGAUGAUAAGAAGUGUGAAGAAUUGUGCAUUGAGAAGGGUUCUGGUUUCGAUCAAAUCUAUCCUUUGCCUGUUUGGUGGGGCAAGUUAGGAUACAAAAGUUGCCACAACCCUUUUGGUGGGAUCUACAUGGCUUCAACCGUUGACGAUUCUUGUGAAGUUUGGGAUUGUCAAAUCGAAGCAGAUAAUAAUGGUAACGAGUUGAUCCGCAAAUAUGGAGAUAUUGAGCAUCUUAGAAGUUUCUUGCCAGAAUCCACGAAAAUGAAAGCUAAUGUGCUUUAUUGGAUUACUGACAGAACACCUCAUGAGUCUUUGCCAAUUAAAAAAGGAACUUACAGACAGUUCUUCAGACUUGUGACACACAAAGUUUCAGUUUGGUAUGAAGAUCAUUCAACUAAAAAUCCUAAUGGUGUGGUUCCUGAUCCUAAGAUGACAAGGAUAGUAAAAGGAUCAAAAUUUGAUAAAGACUAUGUAACUGUUAUUGGGUAAAGACUGUUCAGGAUUUGAAGUCUAUUUUGAAUAAAUUGACUUUCUCUAUGAUCUAACAAUCUUUUUGAAACCCUGUUUUUAGAGUGCAGUAUUUGGUCUUCUAAUAACUAUUUAAGAGGGUCUUUCACAUUUAAACUAAAAUAUUUGCUGAAAAUUUGUGGACAUCUUUAGUAUAUCCUCUAUUGUUUCAUCUUUUACUUCUUUUUACUUAGUUUACCUUUCAUGCUAUUUUUUAUUUUUACCUAUGGUGCUUUUAAGUUAGAUGUUUCAUUAUGUUUUUAUCUUUGUUAUUUUUGGAUACUUUUCUCUCACUACCAAUACAGAUUAACUUCUAUUAUACUUUUUUAUAAACACAAUUUAAAUUAUUAUUGUUAUAUUAUUUAACCUUUUUUUUAUUCGUCAAUUUUUGUUAUCAUUCGUAUAUCGGGCGAACAACAAUUUUUUUUAGGUGUUUGAUGCUCGACGAGACCACCAAACACUUUUUUGUGGGUCACUCGGUAUUAAAAUUUAUUACAAAACAUCACAUUUUAUAGUUUAAUUUUUCGAGAUUUGCAUCACGGACAAUUUUUUGAAAUACAUUACAAUACACUCUUUUGAAAAUAUUACCUGCGUUAAUUUUUUGUUUGAUAAAUGCACCAUCAUUGUUUUGGUCAUACUUGUUCACUUUUGACUUGCAGGAAAAUUAGUUUUUCUAACUCUUCUCCUAAGAUACAUCAUUUAUAGAUUAAAGUUUGAGAAAUUUCCAACAGCAUUUUUACUAAGAAUUCCACAAAACUUGCUUAAACUGCCAUAAAUUUCUUACACAAGAUGUUAAAAUUAUACAACGGUUCCAGAUUGUAUUCUUCUUUUCUUCUAGCAAAAUAAACAAAAUAAAAUAGAAAUUCAUUGGUUGUUUUGAGAAGAUAUUGAUUUGUGUUUGAAAAGUUAAACAAUUUUAAAACUUUCAAAUGGAAUGUUUAGUUGAGGAAACCAACAAUCUUACUUUGAAAACUCCAUUACACCUUAUUGCAAGAAUCAUUUUACUUGGUGUACAUGAUGAAGACAGCCCAAUAUAGAAUGGUAUUCCUCAUGGUUUACAAAUGAUAUGGAGUUAUGUGCUAACGGUGAAAAUACAUAUCAGACCCUGCUUUAAUGAAGAUGAUUGCCAUUAUCAUUUUGUUCACCCGGAACCUUUUCUAGGCUGUUGCAGCUUUCAGUUCCAACAACUAAUCAAAUUUCCAAAAUUAAUGUUAAUAUGAUGCCUUUUAUAAUGGCUCUAAAGUUUAAGAACACAAAGUUACCAAAUUAUUUAAAGAAAUAUUAUAAAAAGUUCAUCCGAGAAAUUUUUGAUAUGCAUCCGUACAGAUAUCAGGAAUUUGGUAAAAUUUGUUACUUGACAAAUCAUGAAAGCGUGGUUGAGGAAGGAAAUUUGCAACGAAGACCAGGUCUACACACUGAGUCUCCUGGUAUUAUUUAUGUUAAAAAUGAAAUUAAUGAUCAAGAUUCGAAGAAGUUAUCUAUUAUUGAGAAAGGGGAAGUAGGUGAAGUAUAUCCCAUGUCGAGCUUGUGGGGUCGAUCAAGGUAUUAUAGCGGGGAUAAGGUAUCAGGAGGAAUAUACAUGGCCUCAAAUAUAGAAGAUUCUUGUGAAGUUUGGGAUUGUCGAAUCGAAGCUGAUAGCAAUGAAAAUGAAAUUAUCGGUAAACAUGGUGAUGUUGAGCAUUGGAGGAGUUUUUCACCCAAGAGAUGAACAAAACUGAGAGCAAAUACUAUGUAUUGAAUAACUGACCGAACACCUCACGAGUCUUUGCCUUUACAGGAAAAGACGCAUAGACAAUUCUUCAGACUUGUGACACACAUAGUUUCAGUUUGGCACGAAGAUCAUUCAACGAAAAAUCCUAAUGGGUUGUUCCCGAGCCUAAAAUCACGAGAAUCGUGAUCGUGAGAAUUUGAUAAAGAUGUCCUAACUGUUGUAGCGUAAAAAACCAUCAUCAAUAAAAAGCCUCUUUUUGUGUCAAUGAUUUCCAGGGAAACAUCUUUUGUGUGUGAAAUGAAAAUUAAGGUAAUGUCGAGAAAAGAAUUUUUUUAUUUUGUUUCAUUUGAUUUUUUGGUUACUUCUAAUGCAGUGCAGGCUGGUCCUUGGCUUUCCCUCGGCAUCUGCCAUAGUGUUACUAUAUUAUCUCUGGGGCUGUUCACCUUGUUAAACUAUUCAAUUUUUCCCCAAUACCACACUCCACAGUUAAACAUUAUAUGUAGCUUAUCUUUCUAUUUUAUGAUAUUUUUUACUCCGGUCAAUUAUACUCAUGUGCAUUUAAUUUCAAUAAAAAUGUAUAUUAUAUUUAAAUUAAAUUUAUACAGCAUGCAUACAUAUUUUGAAUUUAUAUUUUGUAAUCAUAAACAUUAGAACUUGCCAUAUUUAAUAAGCAA